ACUUUGCAUGGUUAGUUUGUCUUUUUAAAGUCGUCAUGAUUUGAAACGAAACUAAAAAAAAUGGGGGAUUCAUACGAUUAUUUGUUCAAAAUAAUUCUUGUUGGAGACGGAGAAGUAGGGAAAACCAGCUUUGUUAGACGGUUCACAACUGGACAUUUUCAUAGAGAUUGCAAGAUGACCAUUGGUGUAGAUGUUAAUAUACAAACGUUACAACUUGAUGGUAAAAUAGUGAAGCUGUAUAUUUGGGACACGGCAGGACAAGAAAGAUUCAGAAGUAUUAUAACAAAAUAUUAUCGAGAUGCACAUGCUGCUUUAGUUAUGUAUGACGUCACUCAAACCGAAUCUCUAAAAAAUUGCGUCAGAUGGAUCAACGAAGUCAGAAUAAAAUGUGGUGAAGAAAUUCCACAAGUAUUAUUAGGUAAUAAAUGUGAUAAAUUAAGUAGUCGAACAGUGAGUCCAUCAGAUGGCGAACGCUUUGCAAAACAACAUGAUAUGAUGUCCUUUUUAGAAACAAGCGCAAAAGAUGGCCAAAAUGUAGAUGAUGCUUUUUAUAAAUUGGCUCAGGAACUAUUCAGAACAUAUUCUGAACCUAUGGAUUGUAAAUGUGACUCAAUUAAGCUAGAUUACUUGCCAGACAGUACUGUAUCUUGGUGGGGAUGUUGUGGAUAUUAAUUACCGAAACAUUUACAAAGUGAUUGAAAAUAAGAGGAUAUAUUUAUGUUUGACUUUUUCUUUAACCACUUCUCAUAUGAGGCAUUGUUAUAUUUUAAAAGUGUGUAGCGCAAGUUAUAAAAAUUACAAUUAUCUUUUACUUAUUUCAAUAAUUAUUAAGUUUGUUGUCAAAAUCAAAAAGUCAAAGAACAUUAUUUUUUAAAGUGUAAGACAUGCUGGUAAAAUGUAAAGAUAAAUACAAAAGGAUAUGUUUGGUAACACAAUAGGAAAGGGUCGGGGGAGGGGGGUGCUGGGGUUAAUUUACGUAAUUACAACUUUAUCUACAUAAGACGUGCCAGUACCAAGUCAGGAAUAUGAUAGUUGUUUUCGAUUCGUAUGAUAUGUUAAAGCUUUUAAUUUAACCAUUUGAUAAGGGACUUUCCGAUGUGAAUUUUUCUUGGUGUCUAGACUUUAUACCACACAAUACUGCAUAUUGGUGGGGAUGUUGUUGAUAUUAACAUUCACUUUGUUUAAAAAAGGGAUCGAACGGUUGUUAUUAGUGGAUAUUUAUAUUAUGUUUACUUUUAUUUCAUUAUCCUUUUCGAUGUAUUUUCAAAUGUGUCGGAAUUAUCUUAUCCCAGGAACAGUAUUAUUUACAUAAUGUGCUAGUGACCUAAUACGGUAUAUAUGGGGUCAGCUCGAAUCCCCAUAUAGAAUUUAUUGACCCCAUAAAUACCGUAUUACGUCACUAGCACACUAUGUAACGAAUUUAUAUUACCGACUAUCUUAAUG